AGGGGGGCAGGGGGCGUUUUCGGCAGCCUCGAAGUUCCUGGCAAUAAACUACAGUUUACUGACCAGUGUCAAUUAUCUUAGAGACAGCGCUGGAAGAUCAGAUAGCUGCAGAAACCUGUGAAGAGGCGUGACUUGUGCCGUUUCUUAACUCCACGAUGGUAGCCGAGAAAACAAAGCGUGUAUUUUUUUCGCUUCGGUAUGGUGACACGAGCGUUUGAUAUUUUUAUGAACGUUGCAUAAAAAUGCAGUCGUUUCUGUUUCAGAAGUACGCUUUGCACAAUGAACGUUUAUUUCGACUGGUUUUGUAAAGAAACUCUUGGGUGGCUGGUCGGACAAAGCUGAGAGCCCCGUUACGCUUUGCAACGCUGUCAUGCUGCCUAAAGUAGAGACAGAAUCCCUGGGACUCGUACGGUCGCAUGAGGAACAGGGACACAUGCCAGAGAACAUGCAAGCUCCCCAUUUUAAAAUGAUGGAGUACUCCUACGAUGAGGACAUGGACGAGUUGUGUCCAGUGUGUGGAGACAAGGUGUCUGGGUAUCACUACGGGCUACUGACCUGCGAGAGCUGCAAGGGCUUCUUUAAGCGAACGGUCCAGAACAAUAAAAGGUACACAUGUAUAGAGAACCAGAGCUGCCAGAUUGACAAAACACAGCGGAAACGGUGCCCCUACUGCCGAUUCCAGAAGUGCCUCACUGUGGGCAUGAAGCUGGAAGCCGUGAGGGCAGACCGCAUGCGAGGGGGCCGCAACAAGUUUGGCCCCAUGUACAAGCGGGACCGCGCCCUGAAGCAGCAGAAGAAGGCCCUGAUCAGGGCCAACGGCUUCAAGAUUGAGGCUAUGAGCCAUGCCCUGCAGACGGCACCCACGGACUUGACCGUCUCCUCUGCCAUACAGAGUUUCCACCCGGCCUCCAAGGGCAUGUCCUUAUGUCCUGCCGCCCUGCCCCCCUCCGACUAUGACCGGAGCCCCUUUGUCCCCUCCCCCAUCAGCAUGGCCAUGCCCCCGCACGGGGGCCCCCAGGGCUACCCGGCCUAUGGACAUUUCCAGAGCCGCACCAUCAAGUCUGAGUUUCCGGACCCCUACGCCAGCUCGCCAGAGUCCCUAAUGUGCUACCCCUAUGCCGACGCCUACCAGGGCGGCUCCCCGCCGGGCUUCCCCCACCUGGUGGUGGAGCUGCUCAAGUGCGAGCCGGACGAGCCACAGGUGCGGGCCCGGAUCCUGGCCUAUCUCCAGCAGGAGCAGGCGGGCCGAGGUAAACACGAGAAGCUCAACACCUUUGGCCUCAUGUGUAAGAUGGCUGACCAGACCCUGUUCUCCAUCGUCGAGUGGGCACGGAGCAGUGUCUUCUUCAGGGAGCUGAAGGUUGAUGACCAAAUGAAGCUGCUUCAGAACUGCUGGAGCGAACUCUUAAUCCUUGACCACAUUUUUCGACAAGUGGUACAUGGGAAGGAAGGCUCCAUUCUCCUCGUUACUGGUCAACAAGUGGAUUAUUCUGUAAUCGCCUCCCAGGCUGGGGCCACCCUCAGCAGCCUGCUGGGCCACGCCCAGGACUUGGUGGGAAAGCUGCGCUCCCUGCAGUUUGACCAGAGGGAAUUUGUGUGCCUGAAGUUCCUGGUGCUCUUCAACCUGGAUGUGAAGAACCUGGAGAACAUCCACCUGGUGGAGAGCGUCCAGGAGCAGGUGAACGCCGCACUGCUAGACUACACCAUGUGCAACUACCCCCAGCAGACAGACAAGUUCGGCCAGCUGCUACUGAGGGUCCCAGAGAUCCGGGCCAUGAGCAUGCAGGCGGAGGAGUACCUGUACUACAAGCACCUGAGCGGAGACGUGCCCUGUAACAACCUGCUCAUCGAGAUGCUGCACGCCAAGCGUGCCUGAGACUGACACACCCAAUACUGUAUCCUCCUGCCCCUAGAACACUGUCACAGCCUGUCGAAAAGAGACACUGAGCUUGGGAACCUUGGAUAUCUGGACAAGGGUGUGGCCAGAUGACCCUGAGCGGUGGACCAAGACAGAAACAAGACAGGAGGGAAAGAGAGACCGGGCUGUCACAGAAAACAGACUUUUUGUUUUGUUUGUUUUUUGUUUCAUUUUGUUUUCAGAAAGGCUGUUAAAGGGAUUUGAAAAAGCUGGCUGAAUGUGACUUAUGAAAGAGCAAGCCAAAGAAAUUGGAAACAAUAACACCUAUAAGUGCACAAGGCCCUGUUCACACCUGGCAUUAACAUGCUUCU